AUGAAACGAACGAGGAACACACCCGGAGUGAAUGAACCACCAGCAGCGGCUCCGUGGACACCAGCGGCAGGUAAAGAAUGUGAGACGAACAGACAAGAAACAUCUCCGGAGAAAGCCACGAUCUGUUCUAAUAAGUGUGGUCACAGACUCAAUGGAAGUGCGGUUUGGAUGUUGAAUACGAUUAAACUGAGCAUAAACACGAAAUUACACAACACGUUGAAAAACGAAGAGGAGGAGGAGAGAAGGAGGACCUGGGAGCAGAGGGGGAGGGGGGAGGAGGGGAGUCACUCACAAGUACUGAUGACUAGUGGAAAAGGAACACCUAUGAAGUGA